AUGGCACUCUUACCUCGUCAGGACAAAGACACGGCAAUCAGCGCUACUUCGGAGACAGCAUUUCGUUCUGGCGGUAGCAAGCUUCGAGGAGCAGAUAUAGCCUUGAUAUGUAUAUUUGCUGUCUUGCUAUGCUUCACCAUUAUGUACCUCGUGCUCUAUCGUGACCCGACCAGCGCUACUCGACGGCUUCGCAAGUUCCCUUCAGACUACUUUCGUAAUCCCUUUAGAUCAUACGCUGCUGGCAGUGGGGCUCAGCCUCCCUCCCCUUCGGCAUCGACAGAUGUGAAAUCUCCAGAUAUGCGUGACGUUGAACGCUUUCCACGGCCAACUUUCUUACUGGGAGAGCCUUCAGACUUGCUUGGGCAUAGGGGUCAAACUCGGCUCUCGAAAUGGUGCCCCAAGCAUUCGGAACCGAAGAGCGGGUCCACUGUAUCGACUGUACAUCACGGAGGACUGCACCCGGCGGUGGCUGGCAAUUCCAGUGAAACCGAUGCCAAGACCCGACCUCGACUCAGUGCCAACAUCACAAGCCUCCCUCCCGCUUAUCUCAGUUUUCCCGCCGGAGUACGUUCUUGA